CCCCGCUCGUGCGAAGUCUCGUUGAAGCUGUCGGCGCAUGAGAGAGCGCGAGGCCCGCGAUUCGACGCCGGCAUUUCGAAGCACUUCGCGCGGAAUAAAACCCCUGACCCUGUCUCAUUCCCUCUUAUCUGCCUACUCAAACCCCAAAAUAUCUCAAAAGCCCUACCACGUCCAGAAAACCGUAGACAAUCCCGACACAUUCCCCUUCCACAAGUCCGUCUCAGCCCUCUGGGAGCAAAAAUGGCGCCAACCCGCCUCCAUGGGCAUCUACCCCUUCGUCGACGCCCAAGUCUCCGACUUCGACCCCAUCUUCGCCGCCCUCAAGACCUCCAGCAACGACAACCCCACCAUCCUCUCCGACCCAGACGCCUACGCCACCCCCUUCUUCCCCAUCGCCUCAUCCCUCGUCGCCCGCGCCCGCACCCUCGAGCAAUCCGGCGACACCCCCGCCGCCCGCGACCUCUACCUACGCGCCGCCGCCGUCUACUGCACCGCCCGCUUUCCCAUCAACCGCUCGCCGCUCUCGCAAAAAGCAUGGGAAGCCGGCAAAGCCGCCUACAUGGCUGCAUCCCCCUGCCUCUCUCCCCCAAACACCGAAGUCGAGAUCCCCUUUUCGCACGCCUCGCCCGCAGCAGGGGAGUCAGCCGCCGCCCCCAUCCCCGCAUACCUCCGCCUCCCCGCCGGCGAACCCCCCAGCGAAGGCUGGCCGCUGACCCUCUUUAUCUGCGGCCUCCACGCCUACCGCACCGACCACACGCCGCGCACGACGGCGCAUGUGCGGCGCGGGUGCGCGGUGCUGAGCGUCGAGAUCCCGGGGACGGGGGAUUCGCCGGCGUCGCGGGGCGAUCCGGCGGAGGCGGAGAGGCUGUGGAGCAGCGUUUUUGAGUGGAUCGCGGGAAACGCGGAGAAGUACAGCUUUGAUAGCGGAAAGGUUGUGGCGAGGGGCGUUAGCACGGGGGGCUACUAUGCCAUGCGGAUCGCGCACACGCAUGCCGACAAGCUGCUUGCGGUGGAGUGGAUUAGGGCGCAAAAUCAUAUGGAGUAUCCGUUUGCGCUGGCGGAUGUGCUGGCGUGGAAGUUUGGGUAUGGGAGUGUGGAGGCGUAUGUGGAAGGGGAGCUGCGGAAGAGGUUUAGUUUGGUGGAGAAUGGGGUGUUUGAGAUGGAGAGCGCGAGGAUGUUGUUGAUUAAUGGGAUGGAGGAUAGUAUUUUCCCGAUUGAGGAUAGUGAGGUUGCGUUGAGGUUUGGAAGGGUGAAGGAGGCGAGGUGGGUGGAAGGGAGAGGGCAUAUGGGAAAUCCUGGCGCGGAGGAGACUUUGUUGGGGUGGAUUGAUGAGGUUGGGGGGGGAAAGUGA